AUGGGUAUAAUCAGCGCCAUUGCUGGGGCUUUCGGUUUUGGAAUUGGGAUCACACUUGGACUUGUGAUUGGUUAUUUUCUCUUCAUCUUCAUCCAAUCAUCUGAUGUUGAGAAUCCUGAAAUUAAGCCUUUGGUGGAUCAAGACGAACCAACUCUUCAAAGAAUGUUCCCUGAAAUACCCAUUUGGGUGAAAAAUCCCGACCAUGAUCGUGUUGAUUGGCUUAACAAGUUUCUUGAAUUAAUGUGGCCAUAUCUAGACAAGGCAAUUUGCAAAACCGUUUUGGCAACAGUUGAACCAAUGAUCAAAGAACAAACUCCACAAUACAAAAUCGAUGAAGUUGAAUUCGAUUCACUUACAUUAGGCAGCUUACCUCCUACUUUUCAAGGAAUGAAAGUUUAUACUACAGAUGAAAAAGAGAUAAUUAUGGAACCAUCGUUCAAAUGGGCAGCAAAUCCUAACAUUCAUGUAGGUGUUAAGGCCUUUGGGCUAAGACCCACUAUUCAGAUUGUUGAUUUGCAAGUAUUUGCAUCUCCAAGAAUCACUUUAAAGCCAUUGGUUCCAACUUUUCCAUGUUUUUGUAAAAUUCUGGUUUCUCUAAUGGACAAGCCUCAUGUUGAUUUUGGAGUAAAAUUAAUCGGGGCAGAUCUAAUGUCGAUUCCUGGUUUGUAUGGGUUCGUUCAGGAACUCAUCAAAGAUCAGGUAGCGAACAUGUAUUUAUGGCCGAAAGUUCUUGAGGUAGCAAUUUUGGAUCCUACAAAAGCUAUGAAGCGACCUGUUGGGAUGCUAAACGUGAAAGUUGUAAAAGCAAUGAAGCUUAAAAAGAAAGAUCUUUUGGGUGCUUCUGAUCCUUAUGCGAAGUUGACACUAACAGAUGAUAAGUUGCCAUCGAAGAAGACGACUGUAAAACACAAGAACUUGAAUCCUGAAUGGAAUGAAGAAUUCAAUCUAGUUGUGAAAGAUCCUGAAGUUCAAGCUCUAGAAAUCAUGGUGUUCGAUUGGGAAUCGGUAGGGAAGCAUGAUAAAAUGGGGAUGAAUCGUGUACCUUUGAAAGAUCUAACUCCCGAAGAACCAAAAACCCUAACUCUCGAUCUACUCAAGAACAUGGAUCCCAAAGAUUCGCAUAACGAUAAAUCAAGAGGUCAAAUCGUGGUUGAAGUCAUGUACAAACCCUUCGGAGAAGACCAGAUGCCGACUGACGUUGAAGAAGUUAGUGCGAUGCAGAAAGCUCCGGUGGGAACUCCGGAGGGCGGCGGCUUGCUUGUUGUUAUAAUCCAUGAAGGCGAAGAUCUCGAAGGAAAACAUCAUACAAAUCCUUCCGUUCGUGUGCUUUUCCAUGGCGAAGAAAAAAGAACUAAGCCGAUGAAGAAGACUCGAGAUCCGAGAUGGGAAGAAGAGUUUACAUUUACGUUAGAAGAGCCACCGACGAAUGAGAAAAUGCAUAUCGAAGUCGUUAGUACUUCGAAACGGAUGGGAUUAAUUCAUCCGAAGGAAUCUUUGGGUUAUGUCGAUAUAAGCCUUGCGGAUGUUGUGAACAACAAACGGAUCAACGAGAAAUAUCAUCUGAUCGAUUCCAAGAAUGGGCGGCUUCAGGUGGAAUUGCACUGGAGAACUUCCGGCUAGAUUGCCGCCGGUAAUGGUGACUCACGGCGACGAAAGUUAUUGAUAUUCAUAGGGUUUAAAUAAAGACGAUGAAAAUGAAAUAGUAUACCAUGCUAUCUUGAAAUUUGAAAACCGAAAUAUAUAUAUGAUAUAGGAGAUUAAAUCUUGACCGUUGGUUAGUUUUGAUAUUUUUAACGAUACUAGUGGAUGUAAAACGGCUAGGUGAUCUUAAUUUAUAAAUUAAAAUUAACAAAAUUACACGUG